AUUAAUGGCGACCGGACGACUUGCUGAACCCUACAUACGUGUUUGAUAUUAUAGAAAAAUCAUUUUUGUAAUUGAUUUACAGUGUAAAGGACCCAAGUUAAUUGUAUAAUUUACUUAUAAAUAUACGCUGCAGACAUUUUACUGUGUUUUGUUGCCACAAAGUGUGUCGUAAAAGUGCCUAAAACUGCCAUCGUUUGACUUCGAAAGAACAUGGCGAGACUAACUAAAGUCUAUAAUACUGAAGAUGAUGAUUCUAGUUAUGUAGGCAGAAGGCAUUUGCCUUUGGUAGCAGGUGAUAAGCUAAUGAUGCUAAUGGACCUGAACAGCAAAGGACUUGUCAUUGACAGCCCACAAAUACGGGGUCGCGAACUGGAGGAGUUCUCACGUAAAUUCAAUCUGCUCUCGGAGUCGGAGCGAAAGCAAUCUCUUGAGAUUGACAGCAGCAGCUUUAUUUCGGUACUGAAUCAGUGCGUCCAAUGCGUUGGCUGCAGGCGACGGGUGGAACGUUUGUUCUAUCAGCUGACGGAAUCUGGACACCGUACACUUGAUCCGCUGGAGCUGCGUUCCACCUGCACGCUGGGUAUAACGGAAGAAAAAUUGAAAACUCCGCAAGCGCUCGGCACUCUGCUCUAUCGGCAUCACGAGGUUCUCAACAAUCUGCUGGAUAACAAGCUGCGAAACAAGACGCGCUGUGUUCUCCACUCGCUAGACACGUUCCGGGCCAAACCGUUCUCGGAGACGUGGCGCGAAGUAUGGUCGGCAAUGAGCAGAAACUGCCGCACUGAGGUAACCAUAAUUGAGACCAAGGAACUGCACGAAGUGCUCGACAAGUAUCUGAAGAAGCACAAGUUUUGUGCUGGUUGCCGGACAAAGAUCGAGCGUGCCUAUAAAAUACUCAUUGGCGAGGUAUCCACCAAGGAGAAGGGCUAUGCGGCGCAGCUGUAUGCGCACAUACGCAAGUGUGUGCCCGACGAGCACAUACAUGUGAGCAUGAACAAAAUCGAGUUCCUUGAUGCGCUCAUCAAACGUGCCGAGCCGGAGGUUAAUGGCAGCUACUCAAAAUUGCGCGAACGUCACGCCAAAACGCUGGAGAUCGCUCAGGAGGAGGUGCUCACAUGCGUCGGCAUGAUUAUGUACGAGCGCUUGCGUCGCAUUUAUGUUAGUUUGCGUGAGGAGGAGCGUGCCUGCCAAGUGCUGGCCGCUGUGGGUGUGCAUGCGCUCUGUCGCAGCUUUCAUGAGCGUGUGGAGAAGAAGCAGGGUAUUAGCAACUUGGAGUUGCUCUAUCAGGAGAUCAGUCGCGCUGAGAAGGCUAAGGAGCUGAAGCGUGAGCAGAAGAAGCUGAAAAAGAAGAAGAAGAAGGAUGAGAAAAAGAACAUGCAUCGUCUGUGUGACAACGAUAAUAACGCGAACGACGACGCAGCCGAAUCUGAUGACGAGGAGGAAGAGGAUGAUGUUGAUGAUGGCGUUAAUGCCGAGCUUGAGGCGGAGGCUGAGACUGAGACGGAACCGGAGCCUGUUGCUGAUAUAGAUGAUACAGUUGAUGAUGGCAUUGUUAUCCUCUGUGCAGACACAGAGCCAAAGCCGUCAACGCCAACGCCAAGUGACAAACCAACGAAAUCAAAAUCGAAAUCGAAAAAGCAACCGAAGAAAAAGAAGCAAAAACCUGCUAGCAAGAAAGCCAACAAGUUGUGUAAUUAUGAUCAUCUGGAGGACGUAGCCAGUUGCCAUGACUUGUCCAAGGCUGGUAAAUGCAACGACUGUCUGGCACCCAUGCCCAACUGUCCCUGCGAGCAGGAUGUGCGUGACUCUGGCUACGGUAGCGAUCCACCGACAUCGCACGCCAAUUCGCGCAUCUCCAGCACAAUCUCGUCGCCAGAAGGAUCUGAAGUUUCAUGUGCGGACGGUCUGUGCAAUCACGACGGACUGCUGCUGGACGAGGAGCACAGUUCCGUUGCCGAUGUGGCAGCUCGCAACAGCUAUGUGUCAGAUUUGCUCUACGGCCAACAAAUGCAAAUGGAUAAUAAGUUCUCAUUGCUGCAGAUGUGGGACGACUUUGACGACUACGAUAAAGACGAUGAAAACUGUUGUUACAUUCCCCAAGAGGUGGUGCUGGCUUAUCAAUACCAGCGCGAGCAAGUGCAACGUCAGCGCGAAAAGCUACGCGCAACAUUACGCCAAAAUUUUGAGCGUUUGUGCCUGCAGCGUGGCGUUCAUAUAGCCACCGUCAAUGCCAAUGCCACCUCUACUGGCCAUUAAUGCAUUAAACCGUUGAAGUUAUUCAGUCGCGCGUUGCGGUUUUUAAAAAUCCACGCGCAUGCAUUCAAAAUACAUACAUAUAAUUUUUUUGUUUUUUGAAAUAAAUGAAGUAUAAAAGUUA